AAUCACAUAAAUUUAAUUGCAGCGUGAUCCGUUUAGGUAGUCUUAUAGUGAAACGGACACAACGGCACAAGUAGGAAUAUACUAUAAAAGUGAAACUCACUGCCAUGGGAUUCUUAUUCAUUUUCUUUGUUUUGUGCUUUGGAACCAUCUUUGGACAAGAUUUACCAACGUUGGUACCGGCCGCUCCGUUUGAUCCAAACAGCGAUGCCGCUCGAUUGUUCGACGCAAUGAACGGUUUGGGAACUGACGAGAACAAAAUCAUCAGCGUUCUUUGUUAUCGAACUGCCUCGCAACGAGAUGUCAUUACAACAACAUACAACAAUCAGCACGGCAGUUUGGCCAAAGAUCUCCAGUCAGAAUUAACUGGUAGCUUCCAAACGCUAUCCAUCAUGUUAACUCAUGGAAUGAUUAAGUUCCUCUCCAUUGAACUGCAUGAAACAAUGGCUCGACCAGGGACAGACGAGCCUUCGUUGACUGAAGUAAUAAUGAGUAGGUCUAAUCAAGAAUUAGACGAAAUUGAAACAUUCUUUAACAAUUAUUAUGGACACUCUCUUGUGUCAGAGAUUGAGGCAGAUACCACCGGCUCUUACCGUCAACUUUUGAUUCAGAUGGCAGAGGGACGCAGGGACGAAACCAUGCUUGUAAAUAUGACUGCAGUCCAGAUAGACGUCGUCGAUUUAUAUGAAGGAGGUCCAGCAAUAGAUGGAACAGACGAAAAUUUAUACAUAAAUAUUUUUACCUUGCGGAACUUUGUCCAUUUAAACAAAGUUAGCAUUCUUUACGAGGCAACUUACGGAACGUCGCUUAAUACGGUUGUGACGACCGAGUUUACAAAGGACAUGGGAAACGCGCUCGUUUCUAUUUUACAAUAUAGUGCCGAUAAAGCACUUUAUUUUUCCUCACGUUUUCACACGACUAUAGCUGGAGCUGGCACGGCUGAUCGCGACCUGAUGCGUUUAACAGUCAGUCGUUGCGAGACAGAUCUUGGAAACAUAAAAAUUGCAUAUCAAAACAUCUAUGGCGUAUCGUUAAGUACCGCUGUAUCGGAUGAUACUUCUGGAUCUUAUCGUACAGCUUUGCUGGCAUUGAUAGAUUAAAAACGCAUCAAUCAAAUCUUAUCUUAAUAUACAAGUUUCAUACGUACAGUAUAUAAAGACAUUAUAUAACAUAUAUAAGUGGCCUGCCAUAUCUUCUACGCCUUUUGUUUUCUGUAAGAAGAAAUUAUAAAUUCAGGUAUAACAAGAAUUAUUUUGGGAAUUGUUUUGGCUGUCUGGAAUUAACUGUCGUAAUAAAGAAUUUGUCCGAAUUUA